GGCCGGAGAGCUGAAGCGCGGCGCUCCUGCUGGGAUCCUCGCUCCGGGAGGGCCUCCCUGGGUCACCCGCGGGGUUGUCGCAAUCGCCGCCGGAGGAAAUCGCGCACCGGCUGCGGCGCGCUCCGCCGGCGCCCCGGAGUCCCCUCGCUCACCCCGGCCGGUCCGGCGCUCGCCAGAGGUGAGUGCUGGGCGGCGCCGGCGCUGACUCCACCCGGCCGGGCUCGGCGCUCUGCUCCGGGAUCUCCGGCCGGACUGCCUGGGGACAGCGACGGCUGUCACGCUCCGGCCGCCACUGCGGACCUCUUCCGAGUGAGUGCGCCAAACCAUGGAGGGCGCAGACCUGGCCGGGAAGAUCCUUUCGACCUGGCUGACGCUGGUUCUCGGCCUCAUCCUUCUGCCGUCGGCCCUCGGAGUGUCUCUGGGUAUCUCGGAGAUCUACAUGAAGAUCCUGGUGAAAACUUUGGAGUGGGCCACGAUACGAAUUGAAAAAGGAGCGCCAAAGGAGUCGGUUCUUAAAAACUCAGCUUCUGUUGGUAUUAUCCAAAGAGAUGAGUCACCCAUGGAAAAAGGGCUGUCUGGUCUGCGAGGAAGGGACUUUGAGCUGUCUGACGUGUUUUAUUUCUCCAAGAAGGGAUUGGAAGCCAUUGUGGAAGAUGAAGUGACCCAGAGGUUUUCCUCAGAGGAGCUGGUGUCAUGGAAUCUCCUCACAAGAACCAAUAUAAAUUUCCACUACAUCAGUCUAAGGCUCACUAUGGUGUGGGUGCUGGGCGUCAUAGUGCGCUACUGUGUCCUACUGCCUCUGAGGGUUACUUUGGCUUUUAUUGGGAUCAGUUUGCUGGUUAUAGGAACCACACUGGUUGGGCAGCUGCCGGACAGCAGUUUCAAAAACUGGCUGAGUGAACUGGUCCAUCUGACUUGCUGCCGAAUCUGUGUGCGAGCCCUCUCUGGCACCAUUCAUUAUCACAACAAGCAGUACAGACCCCAGAAGGGAGGCAUUUGUGUCGCCAACCAUACCUCUCCGAUAGAUGUUUUAAUCUUGACAACGGAUGGAUGCUAUGCAAUGGUUGGCCAGGUUCACGGUGGGUUGAUGGGAAUUAUUCAGAGAGCCAUGGUCAAGGCUUGUCCACAUGUCUGGUUUGAACGCUCAGAAAUGAAGGAUCGACACUUAGUUACUAAGAGACUAAAAGAACAUAUUGCUGAUAAGAAAAAAUUACCCAUAUUAAUCUUUCCUGAAGGAACCUGCAUCAACAAUACUUCAGUCAUGAUGUUUAAAAAGGGAAGCUUUGAAAUUGGAGGAACCAUACAUCCAGUCGCUAUUAAGUAUAACCCUCAGUUUGGUGAUGCAUUUUGGAACAGCAGUAAAUACAACAUGGUGAGCUACCUUCUUCGAAUGAUGACCAGCUGGGCCAUCGUCUGUGAUGUUUGGUACAUGCCCCCCAUGAUCAGAGAGGAAGGAGAAGAUGCAGUUCAGUUUGCUAACAGGGUUAAGUCUGCUAUUGCUAUACAAGGAGGACUGACUGAACUUCCCUGGGAUGGAGGGCUGAAGAGAGCAAAGGUGAAGGACACCUUUAAGGAAGAGCAGCAGAAGAACUACAGCAAGAUGAUCGUGGGCAACGGAGCUCUCGACUCUAAGUUGGACUGAGGCCGCCUGUAGAUCAACUUGGCUUUCCGGAGCUCGCCCUUAGGAAGGGAAUGUUUUUGUGAGGGGGGAGAGGGCCUCGUUUUGUUUUUUUUUUUAUUGUUGAUCUUUUCUACAGAAUGAUCGUCUCUACCUCUUUAUGCCAGAGGCAGAACCUACAGGUGUCCUUUUGGCUUUGUGGUGGUUGUGAUACUAGCCCCAUGAACGACAAGGUUGUUUGCUGAGGUAGGACAGAUAACUGCCUUUUGUUAUGUGUCAUUAUUGAUCGAACGAAAUGUUUGUACAGGAGAAAUGCUUCUAAAGUGUGUUUGGAACUUGCUGAUAUGGUAAUUUUCGAAGAAUACUCUAAACUCUCUUGUCCUAAUUAGCACUUUGCCACUCCCUUCCGUUACGUGGUGGAAUUGCACAUCUGUGCGAGGUGACUCUUGUGGUUUUGUUCUACCGCAAGAUUGAAAACAAAAAGGGAGGAAUUAUAUUCAGGAAAAAGGACAACUUUUGUGGCGACUUGAUCUGAAGGUCUGAAGGAAAUGUAAAUAAUUUUUUACUAGUACUUUGAAAGAUAAAUACAAUCUGGUAAGCUUCACCAAAGAGCAGUGAGUCAAAGAUAAUGUGUGUGCGUUUCCAUGUAGGCAACUCCAAAGCACAUGGUAGCCAGCAGCUGGUGAUCAAGAGCUUUGUAGGUUUUCCUUGUUCUUUAGUGAAGCCCUAUACCUUAUUCCCCUCCUAUCUACUGAUUUGUUUGUUUUUGUAACUAAACACAUUUUCAAAUAGAAGGAGCCUUUAAAAAAAAAAGUCACAUUGAGUAGCUUCAGUAUGAUUGAGUGAAAGUGUGUGCAGCCACCCCUCACCCUCCAUCCCUAACUUUCCCAGUCUCAUAAACAGAAAAUAACUGGUAUAAUUACCUUUUGGAAACUGAGCCUUACAUUUUUUAAAGGGGGAAAUGAGUUUUCUCCAACUCACACAGCAUAUGUAAUGUUUGAUAGCAAUAUAAUGCUGUUGUAACCCUUGAGAGUAUUACAUCUCUUCUGGCAACCGUGUACAGAAUGUAAAUCUGUCUUACCAUGAAUAUAAAUAAAUUCUAUAUUUCUAAA